AUGGCAGCUCUUGGAAACGUGUUAGUUCUUCACGCCUUGUCGAAAUCCUCAUCGAUACCCGCUAAUGCCAAGAAAAUGUUUUCAAGCCUCGCUUGUUCGGACAUUGCUGUGGGAAUGUUGUCGCAACCGUUGAUGGGGGCUAUUAUAGCCGUGGGGUUGCAAAUGGCAUCGACGGACGACCAGGACCGCACCGACUUACUCUGUCCAGCGAUUUUGCCUGCGUUCUAUUUCCCCGUCGUUCUACUUGGAUGUGCAUCCUUUCUGAAUAUGAUCGCAAUUGCUGCCGAUGCACUUCUCGCUAUUUUGCUCCAUCUUCGAUACCAAGAACUAGUCACUUCGAAACGUGUCAUUAUAGCCCUGGUAUCUCUAUGGUUAACAAGUGCCGUCUCUGCCUUAGUAUAUAUUUCACUCCCCGAAGGCAAUGACAUGGUAACUGGACUCUCAUUUGUAGGCCUUGUCUUGACGACUGCAACCUACGUUUAUAUUUGCAAAGUUGUUCGACAUCACCAAAAUCAAAUAGUAGGCCAACAUCAGAUACAAAAUAGCCAAGCAGUGGAGGUACUACGACAAAAGAAGAUCGCUUAUAAUGUCAUAUUUCUCUUCCUUGUUUUCCUAGCCUGUUACCUUCCGUAUUGUUCGUCUGAAAUUGUGCUUAUAACUAACAAAAGUUUGCCAAGUUUAAAAGCUAAGGCGGUUUCAAUUUUCCUUGUUCUUCUAAAUUCUUCAUUAAAUCCGCUCAUUUACUGUUGGCGAUAUCGAGAAUUACGCAAAAUCGUGAAAAGUACCUUGAAGAAAGUAAUGUGCAUAAACGAGGAAGAGACAUGAAGCAGAAAAAGAACUCCAUCUAUCAAGUAAAUUUUGUAAACCAGGGCACGUUUCAUUUUUUUGUUAAAUGUACAUUUGCCCAAAGAAGGGCACAGGGUUUGCUCUUUGUGAAAAAAUAAAUUUGAUGAAAUAGCAACCUCACUGUUCUGUUAUUACAUGUAACAACACUUUAAUUUUAAUAAUACUACUAAUAAUAACAAUAACAACAGCAAUAAUAAUAAGCAAACGAUCUCUUUCAGAAAAUAUUGAAUAUAAUUGCAUAGAAGGUGAAAAGGUGAGGAGAUGGCUUUUUUCUGCAGCAAUUUGGAUCGUGUAGUUGGCUAAACGUCUGCUAAUUGGUCACUUAUGGUCCACUGAUGCUAGCACCUCUUUCCACUGUUCUAUAAAUUUUGACUUAAUGUUUCUUCUAUCAGCGAUACGGGCAUCUCGUUCAUUUGGAUCCCAAAGUUGGCUGAAGGUCUGCUAAUUGGUCACUAAUGGUCCUCUAAUGCUAGGAACACUUUUCCACCGUUCUAUUCAUUUUGAGCCACUCUAACCAACCAAUAAGGUGGCGUCCUGAAAAUAACCACACAAUAGAUUGGAAAUAAUUUUCGUGGGAAGAGAGUCAUGUAUGGGGGAUUCGAUCUCUUAGCUUAUUCUCUCUUGAAUCCCUGUUAUAGAUUAGAGCCUGUAUGUUUUUCCAAAUGAAUUUAUUUACCUUAGAUGACAAGACGGAGCGUAAGUGACUAAGGCGGAAAAGAUAUGAAAUUACCAGUUCAGGAUUUUGUUCUUUGAGAAUUUUUCUUUUGAGUAAAAAAGGUUAACGACUGAGAAGAUUUAGUACCUACAUCUUGCUUGGUUGAGUCAUUUUUUAGACCUUUGCAUUACCGAACCCUUAAUUAAUGUCUUUUACUUUAUGGCUACAAUAGUACGCACGCUCUGAUAGGCUGCUGCUCUGAUUUGUCAGUUGACAGCUGUCAAAGGGGUAACCGCUGACCAGUGCUAUUAAUUGGCAUUUUGGUUGGGAAUUACUUGUUUCAGUACUUUUGUUUAAUUUUCGCAGUGUACGGUAAAAUGUGCUACCAUUUGUUCCAAGGAAAAUCGAAGAAAAAAAAAAAAAACUUCAACUAUGCAGUGAAAAAUGCAGUUCGGGGCGAAACCCUUACAAUCUCAGUCUUUUCGCAACCAAGUGAGCGAUUAAUAUUUAAUUUCUUUGGUUUCAUUUAUUUGCAAUCAUCUCAGUUAAUCUGUGCACAGAGAACACUCACUCGCAGUAGGACUGCAAGAUAAGAAGAACCCUUGGUCCAGACGUAAUUUUGAUUUUUUAGUGUACAAAAGUUGACUUUUUUGUAUUUAUGUCUUUAACAUAAUUCAAAAUAACAUUAGAUUAAACUUUACAAUAACAGGGCGAAGAAAGGAGGGCAAAACAGUAAAAAAAAAAGCUAAAUACGAAAGUUCAACAGUUUAACAACUGGAAGAACAAAUAGAAAAAUAAUAGAGCGCGCGUUUGCUAAAUUGCUAUAAAUAUACACUAAUCAGAAAUGCAGGAGGUGGUCCACUUAUUUCUGUAUUUGUUAAGACUUCCGUUUGUUAUUGCAAUUUCUCUUUCGCACUGGAUUUUAAUUUCCAGGAGAACAAUGACAACCUCCAGUUCUGGGGUCUCAAACUUGUUUCUAGCUAAGUAAACGUCAUAUCACGUUCCGUCUUCAAAAGGUGACUUGCUUAACUCUUUCAAUGCCAAGGGGCAAAAUUCAACAAUUUUCCAGGGUUGUCAAAAGUAGCCAGCUGCCGGCGAAAAUCGCCGCCUACUUGGUUAGUAUCGGCCGGCUACUCUGCUUAGAACUACCUUAAGGGACUCCAACAUUCACUCUGGCAGUGAAAGGGUUAAAGAUGCGGGAUGGAUGAGGAAAUGCGUAAAAAUACAAUUGCAGCAAUUACUCCCUUUAUGAUAAGUGAUCGUGAUGUUUCUUUAUAUGAAACUUGACCAAAUUACAGUAAUAGUUAAGUAAUUAAACGUUUACUCGUAAAAGUGUCUGCUUUAGUCUUUAUAUCCACAAAACAUGAGUCCGUGGCGUUUCUUCUGAGGGCCCUUUUAAUACGGACACUCGGAUGUUACAGUCACCAUGCCAUGUCUUCUUGGUGUCCGUAUUGAUCAUUCUACUGUAAAACCAAAUUUUCAUAUUUCUUUUUUACGGAGUACUUCAGUUCCUUUUGAUACUAAACCUUCCAUUUUCUCUGUGCUUUCCCCUCAGAUCCGUAAGCGCAUGAUCUGGACUCUCUCUGAAAUUACAGUGGACAAGAUUGGAACCGUCAGAGAAACUGCGCAUGCUCUGUCUAUGCUCUCCGCUGUUCCUGAUGAAUGUGAUACUGAGACCCAGGUGUCUAUUGAUUUAACCAGUUCAACAUUUUACCAAAUAUAAGCGAGUUCUAACUAGACGAAUUGUAAGUAAGCCCCUUUAGCUUUCUUUUGUGGUUUAAUUAACUGUAGGUAAGGGGAAGAUACACCGCUGAUAAGAAUAAUAAAUAUAUGUUGCCUACUAAACUCCGGGCAGGAAUAAACUGUAGUUUCAGAUAAACACCGCCUUCUAGGUUAAAUCUGAAAUAAACGCCAGGCUUUUUAAUUGAGAAAAUAAGUUACUUCAAAAAACGUCUUUAUAUUUUCAAGAAUUGUUUUAUAUUAUUUUACCUGGUGCUAAAUGGUCACAAUAUGGUAUUCUAAAUUGAACUAUGAUUCAAAUACAGACCACAUCACUCUACUGUAGGAUUAUUAGCGAGUGAACACUGCCUACCCUGUUGUGAUCACAUUUCUAUUUUCUCAUAAAUAGUAUAGAAAAAAAUGAGUAAAGGACUAAACAUCAUCAUCAUCAUCAUCAUCAUCAUCAUCAUCAUCAUCAUCAUCAUCAACUUUAUUAGGGUGUCUAAGCGUUCUUGCGCUUCUUAGCGCUAAUUGGGCUCACAUAACAAGUAGCGUUUAUUUACUUUACGCAGUUGCGACUGAAUGAGACUCUUUACAAUAUGGUGGCAUUGGUUAUGGAGCAGACUUCUUUGGUGGACUCCACUGAUCUUAGGGGGACGCUUGACUCUAUAGCCGAAGGCCUUGGUAACUCAGUGGCUGUUGUAUCGCAUUUCCUGGCUGGUAAAAUCCUCGGAAAAACCACGGUUAACAAUUCACUGGCUCUCUCUGGAAACUACAGUGAAACA